AUGAAUUUCGUUAACAUCGUGAAGUAUCUUCUUUAUUUAACGGUAAGAGAGUUUUCCGAUGAAUAUUCAAGAACAAGUGCUGAUGAAAUUGCUGCAUCAGAGCAAUUAUUUGAAGUUUUAAAGUCAUCUGAAGACAGUUACUUUAGUGAACUCGAUGUGUACCAAACUCUCGAGUUCGAUGAUGAAUAUGGUGAAACAACUGACAAAGAAGACAGUGCUAAUGAAGAACUUAUCGAUGACACUGAUGAUUAUGAUGAAAACCAACAACAGAAUAUUUACAAUUAUUUUACGUUGGAAGAAAUGGAAGAGAUAAUUGAAUGGGUUGAUCAACAUCCAAAUUAUAAAUUUCCCACUAUUAAACAUAGAUUUCAAAAAGUUAAAUAUCCCAUCUAUAUUACAAGAUUUCGAGAAUAUAUUAGAAAGAACGGCACAAGGUUUGAAAAGCUCGAAAAACUCAAGCAAUUUAUGUGGGAUGAAUUUUAUGUCAAAAGAGUUAUUGAGAAAGAAGCUGUUCAUUAUACUGAUUUAGAACUUUUUGCAAUUCAAAAAGCAAGAGAAUUUAAUUGGGAUAAUUUUAUAGUCAGUGAAUCUUUUCUAACGAGAUUCAAGAAAGCAAAUCGAAUUUCAUCAAGAAGAUACAAUAAAAUGAUCACUCGAGCUUCUUCGAUUAGAAAAGUUUGCAAUUUGGAAGGUAUUUUAACUUAUUCGAAGUUCAAAUAUAAUUGUCUUAAUGUAAAAUAUAUCUAUACUUUUUAG